AUCUAUAGCUUAAUGUCAAAAGGAGGAAAUUAAGGCAAAUUACACGCCUUAACCAACAAUUAAAUAGUUGUUAAUCGCAAGCAAAUGUUUUCUUCUAUAUAGACAGGUUAGAGAGAAAGCUUGCGUCUUUCAGUAUCACUAAAAAAAAGAGACAAUCGAUUCCCCGCCCACCUAUCUUUUUCUCUUCUUGGAUAUUCGUUUCUACUGAUAAUCACAACUCCCCUCUUUUUUAAAUGGAUUUGAUUCGAAUCGAAUACAAGAAAUUCCCUUUAUCUUAGGAUUUUCAUUCUUGUUAAUUCUAAUUAUUUUUUAACACAUUAUGACCACUGAUUCAUUCUUGUUUUGCUACCCAAAAAGUGGCGACGGAUAACCGAGAAAGGGAUACUCAAGAUUUCUACAUUAAUUGCUGUGUGAUUUAAUUAACCCAUUUCAUCUUUUUAAUCAAAAUAUUUUCUUUCUUGAUCUUCUCCGAUUUUUGUAAUUUUGUUUUUUAAAAAAAAUUUAGAGAAUUGAUUUCCCUUUUCUUUUUCCUUGGUAAUUUGGAGAUUGGUUAAUUUAGAUUCCACUUUUCAGUUUUUUUGGGUGUUGAUGGUGGAAUGUGAGUGUUAUUAGGUAUGUUAAAGAGGCAAAGCACCUUCCGGUUAUUCACUAACUAUUUCUCUGCCCCAAAUCAUCGCCACCACCGUCACAAUUAUAAAGCUCUGAUCAUGGCUUAUAUAACCCGUAAUGAUCCUUUCUCCAAGGGAUUUCACAAUCUACCUCAGCCGGUUAUGCCUUCCUCUUCAAUUAUCCCUUUUAUUAAGAGGACUACUGUUUCCAUUGACAAUACAGGCAGUGCUAGUGUUGGUUUUAGGAUAAACAGAGGACGCGGUGUUUGUUUAACGGUAAUAGGUUGCUCUGAUUCUCAUAAACCUCCUCGUGCAGUAGCUGCUCCACAAAAUCAAUUGGUGCGUGAGUUCGAGAAUCGAUUGGAAGAUGGUAGUAGCAGCAAGACAAGUGCUCGAUAUAUAAAUGGUCAUGAGACUUGUCAGGGUGGAAAGCCUCUUGGCUUCCCUGAUUAUCCUCUCACUGGAAAAAUUGUUGUUGCAGUUGAUGUUGAUGAGGUUCUUGGAAACUUUGUAUCGGCCUUGAACAGAUUUAUUGCUGAUCGUUAUUCUUCUAAUCAUUCAGUGGCAGAAUACCAUGUUUAUGAGUUCUUCAAGAUAUGGAAAUGUUCCCAUGAUGAAGCUAAUAUUCGUGUCCAUGAAUUCUUUAAGACAUCAUAUUUCAAGUCUGGGAUAUAUCCAAUCCCAGGUGCUCAGAAGGUGCUUCAUAAGUUGUCAAGACUGUGUAAUCUGUCUGUUGUGACGUCGCGGCAGAAUGUUAUCAAAGAUCACACAAUUGAGUGGAUAGAGAAGCACUAUCCUGGUGUUUUUCAUGAGAUUCACUUUGGGAACCAUUUUGCUUUGGACGGAGAGUCCAGACCUAAGUCAGAAAUAUGCAGGACCUUAGGUGCAACAGUUCUGAUUGAUGACAACCCAAGAUAUGCCAUUGAAUGUGCUGAAGCUGGAAUUAAGGUUCUACUUUUUGAUUAUGAGAACUCAUAUCCUUGGUGCAAGACCGAUUUGGUUCGUCAUCCCCUGGUCACUAAAGUUCAUAACUGGGAACAAGUGGAGCAACAUGGCUUUUGGGAACACAGGAGAUCAGCCAGAUAAAGCUCUGGUGUAUGAGCAGAAGCAGAAAAAAGAAGAAUUAUAAUAGUUAAAGUGAUAAUUUUGUAUAUGAUCCCUCUCUUGAGGCAUUAGAAGAGAAAUAGGAUAGCACGUUGCCAAUUUGAUUGGACAGGCUAUAUGUGACAUGCUUACUAUUCUGCGAAAGUCCUUUGUUCGUCGCAUAGCUCAGAGCAUGGUCAGGGUUUUAUUUGCCUGGAUUUAGAUCUACAUAAUAAAAUUCAACAAUGUAGUUGCCUGAUUUGCAA